AUGCCAUUCGGACAGUUGCCGGUACUUGAAGUCGACGGAAAGCAGCUACCUCAGUCCUAUGCUAUCGUCCGCUACUUGGCCAGAAAAUUCGGUAGGUUUGCGGGCAAGAACGAGUGGGAACAAGCUCAAGUCGAUGCGAUCGCUGACCAGCACAAGGAUUUCCUUAAUGAAGCUCGUCCAUACUUCAAAAUCCUCAUGGGAAUGGACAAGGGUGAUCCGGAAACCGCGGCAAAGGAAAUUUUCGAGCCUGCACAACGAAAAUACUUCGAAAUGAUCACAAAGAUCCUCAAGCAGAACAAGUCUGGAUAUCUCGUCGGAGAUUCGCUAACGUUUGCCGAUCUCUACGUGGCCGAAAUGACUACUUUCGCCGAAAAAUUCCCAAAAGCAUGUAGGCGAUGGCUUUCCCAGAGGUAUGAGGUUGCAAGAGAUUUGUUUGCUACGAUGAAAGCUCACGCUGAGAAGGUUCGUUCGAAUCCAAAACUGAAGAAAUGGAUCGAAACUCGUCCAGGACUCGAAAUUCUAAGUGGUCAAAUGGAUCUCAUGGCUGACAGUAUCCAAUAA